CGCAGCGCUCAGACGAGAACCUGCAACGACAGAAGAAGAGAACAGCGAACUUACUCGAGAGAUUAGCCUCCACAUGUCCCACCGGCUGCUGCAGGAGCUCUGUCACACUUUGUAAAGCUCUGCAGCCGGAAGGUUUUAGUCCUGGGAGCAGGAUCAUUACGCGCUCCCCUUCGCUUCUUCUUCUCCAGCCCGUGUGCGCGCCACACUCCGUCAGUCCGUGGAUUGCCACAGUGGAUGGUCAGCAGCCCUCAGAGCCGUGCCUCCGGGCUGCCAAGCUAAGAAAAAUGCCGGGCGAUGGAUUCACCAUUAAAAGUCGCAUUAGGAAGUUUCUGCGUUCUCCAUCCACCGGAAAGAACUGCAAAGAAAAUCUCACCAGCAAGGUGACUCUAGAGAAAGUGUUGGGCAUCACCUCUUCAGGAAACAGCGCUCUGGCCUGCGACCCUCGAUCCGGACUUGUGGCCUAUCCUGCAGGGUGUGUGGUAGUCUUACUGAACCCCAAAAAGAACAGGCAGCACCACAUUAUCAACACUUCAAGGAAAACCAUCACAGCUCUGUCUUUUUCCCCUGACGGCAAACACUUGGUGACAGGAGAGAGCGGUCACCUACCGGCGGUGAGGGUAUGGGACGUGGCAGAACGGAAGCAAGUGGCCGAGCUCCAGAAGCACAAGUACGGCGUCUCCUGUGUGGCUUUCUCCCCCAAUGGCAAAUACAUAGUCAGUGUAGGAAAUCAACAUGACAUGAUGGUCAACGUCUGGGCGUGGAAGAAAGAUGUAAUAGUGGCCGCUAACAAGGUGUCCAGUAAGGUGAAAGGUGUGUCUUUCUCCGAGGACAGCUCCUACUUUGUCACAGUGGGGAACAGGCAUGUCAAGUUCUGGUAUCUGGAUCACUGCAAGGCCAACAAGGCCAGCGCUCCUGUGCCUCUGCUGGGCCGCUCCGGGCUGCUGGGAGAGCUGAGGAACAAUUUCUUCUGUGAUGUAGCUUGUGGACGUGGCUCAAAAUCAGACUCCACUUUCUGCAUUACUUCCUCUGGCCUGCUGUGUGAGUUUAACAGCAAGAGGAUGCUGGACAAGUGGGUGGACCUUCGGACCGGGCUGGCUCAGUCGCUCUCUCUGUCUGAACACAUGAUCUUCUGCGGCUGUGCCGAUGGAACGGUGCGAGCCUUCAGACCCGCUGACUUGCACUUUGUGUGCACGCUGCCGCGGCCGCACCCCCUCGGCUCUGACGUCUCCUCCAUGACUGAGGCCAGUCAUCUGUUCAACGCCACAGCGGAUGCCCGUUACCCAGACACCGUUGCCGUUACCUAUGACCCCGUCAGCUGCCGGCUCAGCUGUGUAUAUAAUGACCACAGCCUGUAUGUGUGGGACGUGAGACAUGUGCAGCGGGUGGGGAAGGUGCACUCUGCCCUCUUUCAUCCCGCCUGUGUCUGGGACCUGGAGGUGUUUCCAGAUGUUCCAGAAGAAGUGGCUUCUGGUUUGUCAUCAGGCGCAUUCCUCACUAGUUCAGCUGAUAACACCGUGAGAGUGUGGCGCAUGGACGACUGGACACAAACUCAUUCUCCAAACAUCCUGAGCCAAGAUCUUUUGAAUAUAAUCUACAUCGACGGGAACACCAGCACCUUGCUGGAUUCAGAGUGUGUAACAAGUGCGAAUUCAGAGGUCAAGUCGGGGGAUGGACAGACAGCGGAAAUCAGGACGGGCAUCAGGACCAUCUGUGUCAGCCCAGACGGCAAACACCUGGCAUCUGGAGAUCGCAAUGGCAUGCUGAGGGUUCAUGACCUCAGCAGCAUGAAGGAGAUUCUUAAGGUGGAAGCCCAUGAUGCUGAGAUCCUCAGCCUCGAAUACAGUAAACCAGAAACAGGGCUGAAGCUGCUGGCCACAGCCAGCAGGGAUCGUCUGAUCCACGUCUUGGAUGCAGAAGACGACUACAGUCUGGUGCAAACACUCGACGAACACUCUUCAUCCAUAACAGCCGUCCGCUUUGCUGCCAAUGACAACAAGGUGAGAAUGAUCAGCUGUGGGGCAGACAAGAGCAUCUAUUUCCGCACAGCGCACAAGACCGACAAAGGAACAGAGUUCAGGCGUUCUCACCACAUGGUGAGGAAGACCACGCUUUACGACAUGGACGUAGACGCCUCCUGCAAGUACGCCGCUGUUGGCUGUCAGGACCGCUGCAUCAGGAUUUUCAACAUCAGCAGCGGCAAACAGAAAAAACUCUAUAAAGGAUCUUUGAGUGAAGAUGGAAGUCUGCUCAGGGUUCAGAUCGAUCCCUCUGGUCAAUACGUGGCCACCAGCUGCUCCGAUAAAACCAUCAGCAUCUUUGACUUCUACACCGGGGAGUGUGUGGCCACUAUGUUUGGACAUUCUGAAAUCGUCACUGGGAUUAAGUUUACCAGCGAUUGCCGGCAUUUGAUUUCUGUAUCGGGAGAUAGCUGCAUCUUUGUGUGGAGGCUGUCCCCGGAGCUGACAAUCACCAUGAGAGAGAGGCUGCACCAGCUCAGAGAAAACCCAAACACACCACCCAGCAAAACCUCCAGUCUCAGGCGUGAGGUGUACAGCGCUCCCGCUCUGGGGGGUCUGUCCUCUGACAGCGACCGUGAACACGAGGAGGACGACAGAGCGGCGAACGACGAUGCCAAUGACCCCGAAGACAACGCGACCCAUUCUUCUUCCGCCAGCAGCCACGAAGAGGAGGACACAGGAGGCUCAGAUGAAGGACAGGACUGGGAGCUGACAAAGCAUGGAGUCAUCAGCGAGUCCUCAAAGCGUCCCCGGAGGCGUUGGUCUCAUCGUAUGGGCUCAUUGGAAGUGAUGGUUAAAUCCAUGCUGGACCUGACGCAACUGGAAACCUUUGCUCUGAAGAAAAACCCCAGCUGCCCCCCACAUGACAGAGAGAGGCAGAGCUCGCUCGGCCUCCAGGAGCCUGUGAUGGGAGAGAGACCCAGGAGACAUCAACCCUGGCCGGACGCCGACUGGCUGUCCUCGCACACUUCCAGGGACACCAAGGGGACAGAUGUGCUCUAUCCUGAGGAAAAGGAGGACGACACAAGUCCUCUGGACAGCGAUUACUGCAGGAUGCAAGGACGAGGGAUCCGUAGCGAGAGCCAGGACAGCCGCAGCCCAGACAGCGCUUGCUCUUUGGAUUAUGACAGCAGCGAGUCCAGCCCAGAUCAUAUUUUGGAUGAUCCUGCAGAGGCAGAGUAUCUGAGUGAGAACAACUCGGAUGAGGAGAACGACGAGAAGGAGGUGGACGAGGAGCGAAGGGAAGGGGUGACGAGCAUGGACGAGGCUCUCAGGACAAUAACGGACAGUGGCGGAUGCGAUCGAGCGGAUUUCCUCAAGCAGAACUUUGAGACGCUGUCGGAGGGCUGCACUACAGCUGAGCAGAGCAGAGUCCCGAGGCUCAGUAUGUCUUCACGCUUCCUGGCCGGAGGACAUAAUAACCGGUACUGCCUGACCACUUCAGACCAAUGUGGAUUCAACAGCUAUAAUUACAAACCCAUGCGGACUCUCACACGCCGCUGUGUACUUUCCCUGUCUAGUCAAGCUGUCAGUUUAAAGUCACAUUGUGGGAAUAAUGUGUGUCUCAUUUAUCUGCUUCUCUUACCCGGUAUUACCUUUCUGCGCAGAGACGUGCUUCUGUUUGCCAAAGCGAACGGGAAGGAACAAGGCGGCCGCUCCAUUAAGCCCCCGGUGUCAAAAGUGCGGCCCUUGAUGGAAGAUGGCGUAAGCGGGAACGCAGAAAAUAAGAGUCCCGUGUCCCCUGGGAAAGCUCAAGGGCCAAACAGGGCUCAGGAGAGAAGCAGUCCACCCCAGAAGACGACGACCACAGGGUCCCACCUUUGGAGGUUUUCUAAUCCUCCCCCCAAAGCUUCGCUGCUGCUGGACAGGACGACGUGCAUCCAAAAAUCGCGCUCUGCCCAGGACUUGGCCACGCGCUCUCUUUCCUCCCCUCUGCCCUCUAGUGACCAGAGGGAGUUGCACAAGAGACCUCAGCAGCUUUUCCUCAAUGAACCCUCUCCCAGACCUUCCUCGUGCUUUUCUUCACACUCCUCUGGGUCCCCACAGUCAUCCCAGUCCCCACUUCCAUGGGAGAGCCCUGAACUCAAGCCCCAGCACUCUUACAUGAACGCCACUGCUAGCUCUGUGGCAAAAAACCGGUCCUCCUCUUUUGGAGAUGCCAUCCAUAUAAUGACCCCGCCAGGAUCCCCCUUUUUCUCCAAGAGGAGGAGGUCGUCUGUGGAGGUAGAAACUGAGCCUCCCGUGCUCGCCUCAUGUCCUGUCCUGAUUUUCCCAUCGUCUGCGUCGUCAAAAGAUUCCCUUCCACUAUCAAACAUUCCCUCCUUGACUCCACCUCAUCCUACAGCCAGCCAGAACGUCCCUCCUUCUCGCAUCCCACUUCCUAAGCAGCCGCUCAGCCCUCGACGCAGCCUGUGCCUGGAGGUGAAGCCAAGCUCAAGUUGGUCUGGAAAUAUCAGCAGGGCUUCUACUCCUACAACAGACCCCGGAUGUCACCAUAGAGCUACUCCCCUAAACAAACAAGCAUUAGGCAGGCACCUGUCUCUAAGUUUGGAUUCCUCUUUGUCAUGUUCCAUGCCUGUGAAGCAGAAAAGGGACUCUGUUUCUGAGAGUGCCAAGGAGCCAGGUCAGGUGGCUGUAGCUAAAGAGUGCCCUCUGGUGCCUGAACAGGCCCACACAUCAAGCCCACAGCCAGAUCGCUCAGUCACCUUGGAAACUUGUAGGCAGGUUGUUACCGACCUUCACAGCAGUCUGCGGAAAACUGUCAUGUUAUACACUACGGUCAGUGUGUGCGUCUGUGUAUAUGAAUGCGUGAAAAUGGUGGGUGGAUGGAGAACUUGA